GAAAGGAGGUGGGAGGCCUGUGGCGUCUAGGCCAGCUGGGUUUGGGAAUAACUUUGAUGCUACCGUCGAUAUUCCAUUGGAUACGGUUAACGAGGACUCUUCAAAGAAACAGAGGGAGCUUUCUGAUCGAGAAUCUGAGCUUAAAAAGAGAGAAAUGGAUAUUAAACGGAGAGAAGAUGCUGUUGCUAAAUCUGGUGUGAAGACAAACGAUAAAAACUGGCCACCGUUUUUCCCUAUUAUACACCACGACAUUGCUAACGAGAUACCAGUUCAUGCACAGAAACUGCAGUACCUGGCCUUUGCUAGUUGGUUGGGUAUAGUUUUGUGUCUCGUGUUCAAUGUCAUUGCGGUGAUAGUCUGCUGGAUUAAAGGCGGAGGUGUCAAAAUCUUUUUUCUGGCCACGAUCUAUGCGUUGCUUGGAUGUCCAAUUUCAUAUGUACUAUGGUACAGGCCUCUCUACCGAGCUAUGAGGACUAACAGCGCUCUGAAGUUCGGUUGGUUUUUCUUCUUCUACCUGGUUCACAUUGGGUUCUGCAUAUUUGCUGCCAUUGCUCCUCCUAUCAUUUUCCGUGGGCAAUCAUUGACGGGUGUGCUGGCAGCAAUUGAUGUAAUCAGAGGCAGUUUACUAGCCGGGGUAUUAACCAUGACCUCCUUUCUAUAUUCACCACAGCUCAAAAAAUUUUGUGGCCAACUGUUAACCAUGAAAUCUGGCUGUGAACCUAGCUUAACUUUGAUUCUUGCUGCAGAUCUUCUACUUUGUUGGCUUCGGUCUUUUCUGCUUGGAGUCGCUUCUCAGUCUGUGGGUUAUCCAGAAAAUAUACCUCUUCUUCAGGGGAAGCAAGUAAACAAAUGAAUAUACUAGAGGUAAUACCAUACUCCUACUAUACCACUCUCUUAGAAGGUUUGAUUAUAGUACUAUACUAUCUUGCAACUACUGUAAUUACCAUUUGUGCACUUGUCUACAAUAUUAUCCUGUUGUGUUUUGUUGUAUUAUGUGGUGAUGUGUUCUUUGGUUAGUAGUGGCAUGAGACAUACUCUCUGUUAUGUUAUUACGUUGAGGAUUGAAAAUAUUUUGGGGUUGCAAAAGAGUAUAGGUGAUCAAAAUUCCAAGCAAG